GUGAGGGGCGCCUCGCUCGCUCGUCCCACCCGCCGCCCGCCCCGCCCCGCUCCUGCCCGCCGGCGCCCGGCGCGGGUCCGAGAGCAGCCGCGGUCCCGCUCCCCGACGGCCGCGAUGCCGGAGGACCUGACCCAGCCGGGGCGCGCCACGCCGGCCCGCGCCGCCUCCUUCCUCAUCGAGAACUUGCUGGCGGCCGGGGCGCGGGGCGGGGGCCGCGGGGAUGGCGGGGCCGCGGAGGACGGGGCCGCGGAGGCCCGGCGGGGGCAGCGGCGGGGGCAGCGGCGGGGCGGGCGGGCGGGCGCGGGGCCCGGCGGGGAGGCGCGGGCGCGGACGCUGGGCCUGGGUCCCCGGCCGCCCCCCGGGCCCGGGCCGCCCCCCGCGCUGGGCGGGACGAGCUGGUGCCCGCGGGCGCUCGGCGGCUCCGGAGGCGGCCUCAGUCCUGACGCCAGCGACCGCGACUCUCCGGAGACGGGCGAGGAGCUGGGGCGCGCCGGGGGCGCCUGGGCGCGGGGCCCGGGAGCGGGAGCGGGAGCGGGGCGCGGCCCGGCGAGCGGCGCGGAGGAGGAGGCACCCGCGGCGGGGGAGGCGCGCGGCGGCCGCAAGAAGAAGACCCGCACGGUGUUCUCCCGCAGCCAGGUCUUCCAGCUCGAGUCCACCUUCGACCUGAAGCGCUACCUGAGCAGCGCGGAGCGCGCCGGCCUGGCCGCGUCCUUGCACCUGACGGAGACGCAGGUCAAGAUCUGGUUCCAGAACCGGCGCAACAAGUGGAAGCGGCAGCUGGCGGCCGAGCUGGAGGCGGCCAGCCUGUCCCCGCCGCCCGGGCCGCAGCGCCUGGUGCGGGUGCCGGUGCUGUACCACGAGAGCCCGCCCGCGCCCGCGCCGCCCUUCCCGCUGGCGCCCGCCGCCCCCGCGCCGCCCCCGCUUCUCGGCUUCCCGGGCGCCCUGGCCUACCCACUGGGCGCCUUCCCCGCUGCCGCCACCGGCGCCCUGCCCUUCCUGCGCGCGCAGAUGCCCGGCCUGGUGUGA